AACACACCCACAAGGAAGACGCGGACGGCAGCAGCCAGACAAAGUCAGGAUGUGACAUCACCCACAGGAAGAAAAGCCAAACAACUUUUUUCUGCCUUAACUCAGUUACUGUUGUUUGACGAAAUCUGGGAAGUGGUGGGCUAACAGCAGCAGUGGAAGAAACAAAGUGUCACAACACUCCUCAUCUGGGAAUUUACUGCCAAAGUGAUCUGACACUGAUUCACUCCUGAUCCUUAUUUUAAAAAGUACUGACUUCAAAUUGAGGCAGACAAUUCCCCCCACACCGCCUGUGCUUUUGAAUAGAGAGGCUAAGCCUUGUCCAAACAAGACACUGAUCCCUAUGACCUGAUCUGACAGCCAGAUAAAGUGUGGUCACCUCAACGGAAAGACAAGAUCUACAAAAGUACACAUUAUUUCAGGGAGCCUAUUUUCCCCUUAUCACAGGGGAAACUACUGAGUUGAUGGCUCUGUGUCUUGGACAAGUCUUCAGCAAAGACAAAACAUUCCGGCCAAAGAAAAGAUUUGAACCAGGAACACAGAGAUUUGAACUGUAUAAGAAAGCCCAGGCCUCGCUGAAAUCAGGCUUGGACUUGAGGAGAGUGGUCCAGCUGCCAGAGGGUGAGAAUAUCAACGACUGGAUUGCUGUACAUGUGGUGGAUUUCUUCAACAGAAUCAACUUGAUCUAUGGGACUAUGUCAGAGUUCUGCACGGAGAGAACCUGCCCCAUUAUGUCAGGGGGGCUGCGGUAUGAGUACAGAUGGCAGGAUGGGGAGAACUACAAGAGGCCCACCAAACUCCCUGCUCUAAAGUACAUGAAUCUGCUGAUGGACUGGAUAGAGUCCCUUAUAAACAACGAGGACAUCUUCCCCACCAGAGUAGGUGUCCCAUUUCCUAGGAACUUCCAGCAGGUGUGCAAGAAGAUCCUGAGUCGUCUCUUCAGAGUUUUUGUCCAUGUUUACAUCCACCACUUUGACAGUAUCUGCAGCAUGGGAGCAGAGGCCCACAUCAAUACAUGUUACAAGCACUACUACUACUUCAUCACUGAGUUCCACCUUAUUGACAGUUCAGAACUGGAGCCUCUGAAGGAGAUGACAGAGAAGAUAUGCCAUUAAACACAGACAAGUUGGACAAGUUUACCUUUCACCUUUAUCUGAGCCCAAGGGACAUUUUUCCAUUUCAUUCAGUUAAUGUUGUCAUUUCAUAUGUGCAUGGCCAACUAUGAGACUUUGUUAUUUUCACUCCGAAUAAUGUUAAAUGGUGCAGCAAUACCAUUGUUUAGGAGUCAAGGAAAUAGACCACAGCUUAUUUUUUUUAAUUUUUGCAUGAAUGUUUUUUUUCUUUUGAG